CGAAGAAUGCAGCUCGCAGAGGAAGAGGCAGCACCGUAGCAGAUUAGCAGUCCGUUUCGGCAAAACCCAAAAUCCCAACCUAAGCUCCGCACUUGGACGGCGCACGGCGGUUCAGGCGCUCAGCACUUGGACAGUUGGACGGCGCACGGCGGUUUUCCAGUUUGGGCUGCUUCACUGCUUAGUUUCUGGGUUUCUGCAAUUCCGCUAUUGGGUCGUAAACUGGGACUCUUGAGCUGCGGCCUGCGGAACUACCUGACGGUUUCAUUUCUCACCUUGUGGGCUUGUGGCAGUUCUGGCUGUGUGGCUGCCUUCCGUGUCGGCUCAGCCCCUAGGCACCAAAUUUUUCUUCCUGAUAAUUUGAAGAGUAAAUAUAAAAGAAGUUUAGUAGUGUCAAAGUACUGCUUUCUGCUUUCAGGCGAUGAAGAUACUUAAAGCAAAUGCAGGUGCACUCACCAAUUUUGAGGUGCUUGAGUAUCUAAGAUCAAGAGGAGCCGGAAAGGGUGCUGCACGUGUCAUGCUCCCAAUUUUGGCAUCUGAAUUUAAGGUUUUUGAUUAUUUAGAACAGACUGUUGUGUGCAGUAAUCAAACUAGAGAAAUUAUUGGCCAAUUUGUAGAAAAAUGUAAAAGCUUCAAUAUAUCAAAAGCUGAAAUUUUGAACAUCAUCAAUGUCAGACCAUGCACUCUCUCUCAAAUUUACCCGAUAAUAGAGGAAUAUGAUGUUCGGUUUCCGAGAAGUGAGGAAACUGGUGAUGAGGAAGAGAGUGAAGAACCUUUGAUGGCACUGGUGGAGACAAUACAGCAUGUUUUGCCUGCCCCUCCUUCUCCAAUGCAGGAGGCUGAUGGGGAAGUUGACGAAAAAGUUGAUGAAGAGAUGGAAAUGUCUGCUGGUGAAGAUAGAGUCCUUGAGACUAAUGAAUAGUAGCACACUUUACCCAGGAGAUUUGUAGGUGUUAUGUGACCGGUUUUCAGUUGGAUUGGUUAAGACAAUACAACCCUAUGUCAUUGUGUUGCCUGUUGACUAACAUUUUGCAGUUCAUCAAGAUGUUAUAUAUGCAAGUCUUAUACUCGGUACUAUAUUUGGCAUGAUUGUAAGAUAGAGCCUUUGGUUGUAAAUCUUUUCAAGUAGAGUUUUUUAUGCUAAUAUUUGUGGUAAUGUUUAUCAUACUAUGCCUCCAUAUUUUUUAUGGCCAAUUUUUCGUUCUGUC